AUGGAAUUGGAUAUGAAACAACUGAUGUACGACUUGAACAAAAUGGAAGCUCUAAGAAGACUUCCCGUUAUACUGUUCCUGGCUGUUCUAGCCAUUGUCGGGAUCGCCAGUAAUCUACAUGUGUGGUUUAUAUACAAGUGUCAUUUUAAAAGCUCGACAUAUCGAGUGUUCGUUUUAUUCAUGGCAAUGAUUGACAUUGUGUGUUGUUUUGUGACGAUACCAUUCGAGAUUGUGGACGAGUUAUUUCCCUUUGCAUAUACGGAAUUAAUUUCCUGCAAGAUCUUCCGAUUCGUUGGUACGUGUAUUACGAUUGCUUCCGUGUUCAUGCUUGUUGUUAUAUCCAUUGAAAGAUAUGGCAAAGUUUGUAAAUCUGACGGUAACCUGAUGUCCGAAACGUCCGCGACCUUUUCGUCAACAGUCGUUCUAAUAGCAUCUGUUGUGUUUACAUUUCCGGCAAUUUACGUGUAUGGGCGUAAAACCAUAACAAAGAGUGCCGAAAUUGAUUACUACGGAAACAUUACGACAAACGAUAGCGUAAUCGGGUAUGAUUGUACGUGGGGAGAUAACAUCGAAGAGACGCUUUACUUCCGGUUUUACCACGUAUGGAUCCUCAUGACAGUUAUUGGAUGCAUGGUCAUGUUAAUCGUGAUAUACUCUCUCAUAUUAUCAACGAUCAGGAGAAACAUCAUUCUAACUCGUAGAUAUUCCGAGUGUCAAACUGGACCGCUGACCGCUGGAUCCAAAAAUAUAAAUAUACAUCAAGGUGAUUUGGACCAGGUGUCGAGCUACACAAAUGAUAGAGAACAUGGGGGAAAAGAUGCUUCAACGAUAACCAAUAUCAAGAUAGAUGGUGAUACGGACGGCAAAUUAGAAAAAGAAAACAUCAAACAAAAUGGCGACGAUGCUUUAGCUAUGCACAUCAACGUAGAUGACAAUGUAGCAACACAAAGUAAGAAGUCAAGGGAAAUAAUUAAGGACCAGAAAUGUUCGUACGAAUAUCAUUACUCUGCUAAAGAGCAGUUACUGAGAGAGAAAUUACGUCACGCCACAACGAUCAAUGAGAGAGAACUUCCGGUAACUAAGGUCAUGUUAGCCCUAUCACUACUGUUCAUGGUUUCCUGUUUGCCCCAUGUUGUGUGUAUCAUCGUGCACUUGUCCGAUGCAUUCUAUACCGUUUCCAUGCCUACGCCCUGA